AUGGCCAUUGCUGCUCUCUUCACUCUUGCCAUCGCCGCGGUCGUUUCUGUGGCCCAGGCGCAGUCUCUUACCGUCGUAAACUCGUGCACCGAGUCCGUCUUCCUGUACACCCAGAACAGCGAUGGUACCAUAGACAACGACGUCACCGUGGCCGCUAGUGGAACUGCCAACAUGGGCAUCAGCUCUGACUGGGACGGCGCUAUAAAUGUCGGCACUGGCUGCAACAGCGAUGGAUGGCUCUUGACCGUUGAACUUGUAAGCGAUGUGAAAGGUACUCGUUCGAUGAAGUUCCUUGAAUCCGAUGGCGCCGUCGAGAGUACUAAGAAAGCAAAGAAAAUAUCUUGCCCAAACACCUCGUCACAAGGCGUCGAGCUCAAUGAAAAAUCGCACAAACUACUCAAAAAGCCAAGCUUCUGGUCCAAGAUCUCGAAAACGUUCAAAGGCGCGCACACUCAACACGAACCGCGGCUGAGACCAGAGCGUUGCGAAGCUCCGCGGAGGCCAAGCCGGCGUUGCAAAAGCAUGGCGGAUCUGGGAAACUGGCGGGGCGAUGGUAGCGUAGGUGUCCACCCAGCUUCGCACCUCGAGACCCUCCCACGUUCUGGCUCAAUUUCCGACCCUCUCGCGCCCUUCUCGCGUUAUAAUCCCUCCACUCAGCUCCAGACGGACCGCUGGUGCCAAGUAUCCUGCCGCCUUGAUCUUGAAGACUUGCCGGACUUCUCGUUCGACGACGUCCCCACAUCUUCAAUCAUGUCGGUAGAGGCUAUGGAGUCGGACGACGCGCUCCAGUCCAACGAUAACCUUUGUGCUUCAUCGGUGACGACCAGCUCAAACACGACUGCGCACUCGAUUUCUACGGUCGCUCCCUCAGACUUCUAUUCCGCAGGUCACAAGAACGUCUCUUUGUGUGAGCUUGCUGUCUCUCCGACCUUCGAGUCCGGCGUCGCUGCCACAUCCGAGACGAACUUGCAUAUUUCUGGCCCGUCGGAGUCCGACCAUCGCAUGUCUCGCUAUGCUUGGGUCUCCGCCGCGCUCCAAAGUAUCGGCCCCGCAAAGAAGACGGCUUCAUGCGAAGACCUGUCUAGCACGCUGCACCCAGCGCCAGAAAGUUCCCAAGUCCCUUGUCCUUCUCGCCCAAGGCGCUCCGCGUCUAUUUCUGAUCUACGAUCUCCUUAUUCUGUCGUAUCCUCGCCACCUCAACGUGAUGUCGCCAACGCGUUCUCUCCUCUGUCGACUGGGUCGAUGACGCCUCCGAGCCUUAGCCAUAUUCUCGAUCUGGACCGCAACCUGGGGAACGUAUGGGGCCUCACGCAGGAGGAUGUGACUCUUGAUAAAAGCGCCGCAGUCGGCAGCGGGGCACUUCCCAAGCCUGCAGAGGCGCUCCGCCCUCCACCGGCGCCAGCGCUUGUCAGUUCUUCGUGCCACAUGCCCUAUACACCUGGGUGCCGGCUGUCGACGAUCUCUGAGGCGUCGGAGACGGUCACGGUGGCGUCUGAAAUGGUAGCGUCUGAAUAUCACCACCGUGAGGAGAUACUCCCGGUUCGUGGACGAUAUGUGCCUUUGGGCCAGCCAAAACCUCCUCAGAACGCGACUCCGCUCCGGUCUUUCAGCGUACCUUCCCAUACCAUGUACAUGUUUUAG